GCUUUAGCUUGGAUACCUCUAUGAAAUGACGGAGCUGAGCUGAGCUGUGUCCCACCCCCUCACCCCACACGGAUGCUCUUGCAUGGUGCGAACAGACUGUUGACAUUACACGGACAAGAAAUACAACAAACAGCAUCAAUCUCUAUUCAGAUCAUCUCUGGUGUAGGUGUUUAUACUGCCAUGGCAAACAGGGGGCCAAGCUAUGGGCUCAGCCGUGAGGUCCAAGAGAAGAUUGAACAGAAGUAUGAUGCUGAGCUGGAGGCUCGGCUGGUGGAGUGGAUCCUGGUCCAGUGUGGAGGCGACCUGGAGCGGCCGGAACCUGGCAAACAGAACUUCCAGAAAUGGUUGAUGAAUGGAACAAUUCUGUGUCAUCUCAUCAACAGUCUUUAUCCCAGUGGAAUGGAGCCUGUUAAGAAAAUUACAGAAAGUAAAAUGGUCUUUAAACAAAUGGAUACGAUUUCUCAGUUCUUGCAGGGUGCUGAAGAAUAUGGAGUCAACAGAGGAGAUAUAUUCCAAACUGUUGAUCUUUGGGAAGGAAAGGACAUGGCUGCUGUCCAGAGAACACUGAUGGCUUUGGGAAGUGAAGCUCUCACAAAGGAUGACGGUCAUUACCGUGGAAACAAAGACUGGUUCCAUAGGAAAGCAAAGGGAAAAAAGAGGGAAUUUUCUGAGGAGCAGCUGCGACAAGGCCGUAGUCUAAUUGGCUUACAGAUGCGAAGCAAUCGAGGAGCAUCACAGUCUGGCAUGACUGGGUACGGCACCCCACGUCAAAUCAUGCGGUAUGACUCUCCUCGGCAUAAUGGAGAACAAAGCAAUCCCUAAAUACAACACUGUUUGGUAUAAUUUAAAAACUCUAUUGGAGAUGAAACAUCAGUUGUCGAAGGACAUAUGUGUGUAUAUAUAGAGUGUUGUGAGAAAUUAUGUACGCCCCAUGAACAGUUUUUCUCCUUUUUCAACAUAUGUGGACAUGUCAAUACUGGAGCUUUAUUUAGACCGUAUUGAUGAGUGAAGAUGAUCAUUUAACAAAAAAUAAACAAUAAAAAUUUUAAUUUGAAAUAUUUUAUUAAUCAAAACCAUCUACAGAAAUUCAGUUAAAUCUUCUGUGGAAAAAAUAAAAUAAGCAAAUCCCUACAUGUAGUAGCUGGCAUUUCCCCUUUAGCAGAAAUAACUUAUUAUUGUAGUAUUUUACAUAGGAAUGUUUUCCCUUUUUGUUUUUUUUUAAAACCUUCCAGUUCUUUGUUAGCCAUUACUUGUUUGUUUUGGGUCAUUAUUGUGUUCAAAGGUCCAGUUAUUGUUUCCAAGCACUCUUUGGUAUAUUGUGGAAUUCAUAGUCGAUGUUAUGGUGUAAGUUUGCUGGACCCUUAAGCAGCAAAACAAGGUCAUUUUUCUCAGAUGCAGUUUGGUUUUCACCAAACAUGGGGCCCUAUUUUCGUAUUUGUAUUAGGUGCAGGGUUAUGUGCUACUACGUCUUAUCCAGUUUUCAUGAGUGAGGGUGCAAAAAGAGCAAAGAGCAUUUGUCGUGCCAAUGCAACGUGCAUCUGUGCAUGGGGGGACCUGAUUCAAAUUUUUGGCACUUCUAGUAUAGUGAUACAAUAAAUAUAGAGGUGUACUAACACUUUUUUUUUAACACAUGGGCAUCUCUGUUUAAGCUCUAAACAUUUUUCCUGAAUGUACAGUCCAAGUGUUGUUUGUUAAAUAUUGCCUUUUACUGUAUAUGUUCUAGUAUGUUGGGGAAAAAAUACACUUGUCAUAGGGUGUACUUGCCUUUUCGAUGCCCUGUAUACUGUGGACUAUAUGACUGCUUAUUCCAAUCUUAGUGUUAUUCCUUCACCCAGUGCACCAGUGUCCAAAACUCAAGUUCACAAUACACUAUUAAAAACUGAAAAAGCUCUUUAACUAUUAGUUAUUUCUAAUGAAUAGUGGAUUUCUCUUAAUGCUUAGCCUUUUAAGAAUGGUAAGCUUACUAACAGGCACUUCUUGAAGGCCUAAUGUCGAGUUGUACUUCCUGUGCAAUAGGAAUGUUCUAAAAAAUUCUAAAGCCAUUUAGGAACAUUGUGUUUUGAGGAGUAAUUUUAAAGGGAAAGUUCACCUCAAAAUAAAAUAGCCAUUAUUUGCUACCUGUAUGUCAUUCCAAACCCUGUUCAGUAUUUAUUUUCAGAAUGUUCUUUUAUGGUUGAACUAUUCCUUUAAAGGGAUAGUUCACCAAAAAUAAAAAUAACUCCACUCUGUAGGUCCAUACAAUGCAAGUGAGACUUUUGUAGCUCCAAAAAUCCCAUAAAGGAAACAUAAAAGUAAUCCAUGUGACUCCAGUGUUUAAAUCCAAAUCUUCUGGAGCAAAAUCAUAGGUGUGGGUGAGAAAUAGAACAAUAUUUAAAUAUUUAACUUAAAGGACUUAAACUUUGAUGUUUGUCAUCAUAUUGCUUCUGAAGAUAUGUAUUCAAAAACUGGAGUCAUAUGGAUUACUUCUAUGUGUCCUUUUUGGAGCAUCAAAGGUCUGAUCACCAUUCACUUUCAUUGUAUGGACCUAAAGAGCAGAGGUAUUCUUCUAAAAAUCUUCAUUUGUGUUCAGUAAAAGAAAGUCAUACACAUCUAGGAUGGCAUGAUGGCGAGUAACUGAUGAGAGAAGUUUCAUUUUUGGGUGAACUAUCCCUUUAACAUUCAAAUCUCAUAUAGUGCUAAAAACCACAGUGACCCUAGUCUCAUUUAUCUCCCUAUAAAGAUACUUUACAGUAACCUGCUACAAGAAUGACGCAGCUGCAAACUAGCUGACUCAGGCCAUUCAAUAUUGUCUUCAUAAAAUGUCAUUGUAGUGCAUAUUUUUGUGAUGUUACAACAGAGAACUGAUGCCAAAUGUUCAUGUGAUAUGACAAAAUAAACUAUUUAAGAGGCUGUAUAAUCAUGUAAAAUUCAGUUGUGGUAUUUAUGAAAUGUCAAAUAAAAUGCAUCCAUUUUGAACUUUUAUGC